AUGUCGCAGGUUGUGAUCAUCGGCGGCUCGUACGCUGGAACAAAAGUCGCACAUCAAGUCCUCAAACAGGUUCCUAAUUGCAAGGUUACACUCAUCGACCCAUCCGAUGUCUUCUACUACAACAUGGCCGCGCCGCGCAUCAUCGCAAAGCCAAAACAAGCCAGAGUCGACCAAUACCUAAUCCCCAUCAUGGACAAAUUCAAGCAAUAUCCCGCUUCCAGAUUUACUUUUGUGCAGGAUUACGCCAAAGAAGUCGAUACAACUGCAAAAGUGGUGAAACUGGAAAGUGGAAAAGAGGUUUCUUACGAUUAUCUGGUCGUUGCGUCGGGUUCGACAACGCCGGGGACUGUCGGCCAAGAAGCCAUUCCUUUCAAAACCACUGGAGCGGAUAUUGGCAAGAAAGUCGAGGAAGCGCAGAAGAGAGUCGCUGCUGCUGACAGUAUCAUUAUCGUUGGUGCUGGACCAGUUGGAGUGGAAAGUGCUGGCGAGAUCGCGCAAGCUUACCCCAAGACCAAAGUCACUCUCAUCUCUUCGCACGCCCAAGUUCUUCCUAACCUCAAAGCUUCUGCUGCCAAAUCCGCACACACGAGUCUGGAGAAUUUGGGAGUGAAGAUUGUGCUUUCCGCUCGUGUCAAAGAAACAACGCACGAAAAUGGAAGAUCAACUGUUCACCUCGACAAUGGCAAAACCCUCGAAGCAGCUCUCGUCAUCUCCGCAGCAGGAAACCUCCCUAACACCUCCUUCAUGCCCCCCUCUUCCCUCGACGCAGAAGGCUGGAUCAAAGUCGACAGGAACAUGCGCGUCUCCUCCAUUUCCGACAACACUGUCUACGCUCUGGGCGACGCAACACACUACAAACAACGCUACUACCUCAAAGUCAACGAUCAAAUCCCUGUUGUUGCCAACAAUAUCAAAAACGCAGUCACCAAAUCUGGAUCGCUCAAGACGUAUGAUGCUAGCGACAAGUUGAUGGUUUUUGUACCUAUUGGGAGUAAGACUGGAACGGGACAGGUUGGAAGUUUUGUGCCGUUUAGCUUUAUGGUUGCGAUGGUGAAGGGCAAGGAUUAUUUUAUGAGUAAGGCUGCUACUAUGAUUGCUGCGUAG